GGAUAUGUUAGGUACAUACAAUAGUUGUGCAUUUGUUAAUAUUAUUUCAAUCAUUUGCCACAACGGCAGCUCGGUGUAUUCUGUUUUACCGACGAGCUGGAAACAGCAAAACAUAUCAUGGCUGAAUAUGGCGGUUUACUGAUGAACAAUCCUUUAAGUUUUGUUAAUACAUUGUAUGAUAUGAAAAAGUUAUAUGACAGGCGUAAUUAAUGGUGAGAUUUGGUGACAAGAUUGUGAAUAAAUUUUAUAUAAUGUUCUUUAAGUCUGUAGUGCCAUAUCAUAUUCAUUGUAUAUCAUAAAAAAAUAUAUGAUAAUUGGUAUAGUAUUAUACUUUAUUAGUAGAAAUAACAGCAUUUCACUGACUUUUAACACAUUGCUAUAAAUAAUUGUUUAUUACAAUAGUUCAUAUCUAUAUUUAUGAACUUUCAAGUAUCAAUUUGGUGCUUAUGGAUCCUGUUCCUAAGAUACUCUAAAUAUUGUGACACAUAAUAAUAAAAUCUCAUGCCAAAACUAAGAAGGAAUAGAAGGACUGAAACUAGGUGGGGUGACAAAUAUUAUACAGCAGUGAAAAAUGCUGUUUUUAUAACAGAGACACAACCUUAUGAGCCAACAUUAUCAUCCUUCCCUUUGGAGGAGUAUGUUCCAGAAUGUGAGAAUCUAUAUAUGUGUACACAAUGCAAAGACUGCUUCUAUUUUCGAAGCAGUUUGGAAGACCAUAUUGCAAGGAAAAGUUGGAUAUUGGGAUAUUGGUGUCAUCAUUGUUUUGUAACUACUUGUAAACAUAGCUCUGUAAAAGGUAUAUUAUGUUCCACAUGUUUACAAUUGGAUCAUGAGAAACGUUUAUAUUUACGAAGUAGAGGUUUACGUAACAAUCAAAAAUUUGGGGCAAUAAGAAUCUUUUACAAUCAAUGUCAAUUUUUUGCACAUUUGAAAGCUCAUAAUGUAGAUUUGGUAAAUAUAGGUGACUUAAUGUUAAUGCCUUUACCAACAAAUAUCAUCGACUGGAAUCCUGAAGUAGAUUUAACAUGCGAAGCACUCAUGGAACAUACAUUUAUAAUAAAAGUUCAUAUAAUGGAUUGGUUGAAAAAUAAAACUAUUGAUAACAAUUGGUGGCAAUUGCCAGAAGAUGCCAAUAAUCCAGUUAAUGUUAUUCUUAAAGGUUAUAAUGGUCGAUUCCAUUUUAAGCCAUUAGAAAUAUCAAUAGAGGAGCAAAUUUCUAUUUUGAAUUCUGCUCAUUCUACACCUAACAAUGGCAAGAAAUUUUCUGAUAUUGAUAUUCCUGAGUCAGUAGAAAGUGUUGAUAAAGGAACAAGUCCAUCUUCGACAGAUACCAGGGUUUCCAUUUCCGAUGAAAGUAUGAUUGAAAAUGAAGACAGUCCUUAUACAGUAAAUGACGUUACUUUUGUGAAUUGCGGAUUCUCAAAAUUUCUUGAAUCUGAGUUUCCAGCAAAUAAUAAGGAAAGGAAAGGAAACCCAACAGUUUCUGUAAAAUCAGUGCAAGAUUCAUGCACUCCAAAACGUCCAAAUGUAAUUAAUAAGUUGAAACGAAAUAAAGUAAGACAUUUAAACUCCAUUUCAUCCAAUAUGGUUAUGCCAUGUGGUAAUACAAUGAUAGCGCCUAAACGUGAUAUCAAAGAUUUAUCAAAGCGUCCUACCAAUAAACAAUUAUGGAAGAGUUUAACACAUAAAUCUAAUAACAAUUUAUCAGUCAAGACAGUUACAGAAGGCAAUAUCGUAAAAGAAAAAUCUGAUAGAAAAGAAAAUAAAACACUUCGCAAUAAUUUAUUAAAAAUAGCACCAGUGUCUAAGGUUCAGUCUGAUGUAUCUUGUACAGCAAAGGUGGAUACAUAUAAAAAUAAGUUAGGUAAAUUGAAACAAAAUCUAUAUACAUUGACCAUUAAUUCUGGUCAAAAGGAUGUUAGAUUUCAAAGUACGAAACAUGUUGAUAUUAAUACAAUUAUUAAUCAGCUGCCACCUCACAUGAUCAAUAACAAAAAGAUUGUUUUUAUAGGACACUCCCCUGAUAAUGCACUUGGCGAUAAUAACAAAGAAUCAUCUUCCGAAGGAGUAAUUCGCUUAGUACCUAUUGGGAAUGAAAAAUUAUCGAAAAUGAAAAUAAAUAUAGGAAAUGAAAAUCUUUCUCAAGCCGGUAAAGAAACUAACAGAAAUAGUUCGAAAAACCAAACCGAGCCCUUUAAAAAUAAACUACGACCUUUUCCCGGUAGGGUUAUAUAUCAAAACGGACGGAAGUAUAUUAUUAAGCAAUCAUCAGGUCUUACUAAAAAUUUAAAAACCCCAUCCAAUGCUGUGGUACCAGUGAAAAAUGUACAAGGAACAGUACAAUCAAAAUCUACAAAUAUUCCACCAUUAGUGUUCUACAAUAUUCCACCAUUGAUACCCUUAGAUUCUACUGAAAUAGAAAAUAUAUCGAAUCAGGAAAAAACGAAUUCAUUUCAUAAUGAUGUUUCCCCUUUAACACCUUCACCAUCCCCGUCGGAAUUAUCGAAUAGUUCUAGCUGCGAUAUUCAGUCGAAACAGACUUCUUUGUCAGCAAAGGGUUCUCAGAAAGUUGAUGUACCUUAUUUGAAUACUGAACAUAAAGACAUUGGUAUUGAUGUACAAAAUAUGAACAAUUCAUUUGAAAGUUUAACAUUUCAUAAAGGAGAAGACCAAAAUUUGUAUCUCGAUGUAAAGUUUCUUAAUCAAAAGCCGAUUUAUUCUAUUGUUGAUACAUCUACGAUGAUAACAAAAUGUAGAGAAGAAAUGCUAAAUGAAUUUUUUCAUCUUUCUUAUUUCGAAUUGAAGAAACGAUACGAUCAUUUACAAGAAAUUGGUGAAGAAAUAUCAAAAGUAAUGAAUUUCGUAACUGAUAAUGUGAUCAAAGAAAACUUAAAAGCAGUUCAUAUUUUGCAGACUGUGCUGAAACAUUGUAUUGAUAAAUGCACUGAGAAAUCUGACGACACAGAGGAGAAAGAUGCACUGUUACAUGAAUGGGAAUUCGAAUAUGAGAAAACAGAUGAAAAACCUAUUUGUAAGGCAUGUAAUAAAAUUAAAAAACCCAAGUACUAUAUUCCAGGAUUUUCAAAGCCUGCGAAGAACGAUAUAUAUUGUUCUUGCUAUAAGCAUAUGUGCCACAAAUGUCAUACGUAUCAAGGUAAUUCGACGCGUUUCGUAGCUCAUCAAACAUUUCACGACAAAGAGAGACCGUAUUUAUGUCCUGAUUGUUAUCGUAAAUUUACAUCAUAUAGAUCGUUAGAAGUCCAUACAUGGACUACCUGUUUCCACACGCUAAAAAGGCGUGUUCUCGGUUGCAAAAUUUGUGAAAUAGAUGGUUUUCAAGAUAUGGAAUCUGUCGCAAAACAUUUCGCAAUUAUGCACAGUCAUAAUAAGGUAGUUUGUGAUAAAUGUUACGUCGUUUUACCGUCAUAUUCCGAAUAUAGAAAACAUCAUAAAGAUAAACAUUCGGAUGCAAAUGAUCAUCAACCCAUAAGGCUUGUACUAUGUAAACUUGGGCGGUGCAUUGUACGUUGCGAAGAUUACAUGUUACACAUGGAAAAACAUAUAGUCGUUCAAAGAUUAAUAUGGUUUAAAUGUCCAUUUUGUACGUUUAUUCAUGUAGAGGCGAAACGAAUUAUGUCUCAUUUGCAAAGUGAACAUGAAACACGUUUAGAGGAACUUACAAAUUCCGAGACAUUAUGGAAUACUUCUCAAGCGAAAACCGCAACAGCAAAUUUAUUGAAAAAUAGUUUACAGCAAAAUAAAUUCACAAAUGCAUACACAGAGUCUUGCGAAGAUGGAACUGUUAUGCCUAAGAUUAUAAAUGCUAGAACUAUUACAUCUGAGGUAUUUGAACAUGGAGCUCAGGGGACGGAUGAUAACAUAAUAAAUUAUGAAACACCACUAUGUUCUAAAGUUGUUAAUGUUAAUUCAGAAUCUUCUGCAAAGUUGAGUGGAAUCAUACCGAAGAUACUCGACGUUAGGUCAAUGGCUGACCUAACGUCGGAUAUUUCUGAUUGCGACAAGAUUGAAGCAACUUCGAAAUUUAUAGAUACGACAACAAAUAAGACUAUAAAUGCUAGAAAUAUUACGUCUGAGGUAUUUGAACGUGAGGCUCAGAGGACGGAUGAUAACAUAAUAAAUAAAGAAACCGAACGAAACGAAGCCCACCAAGAUCAAGAGAUCGAAACCGAACUUGAACAUGUCAUUGAUUGUACAUGGGAUACCAAAACGAUUAAACUAAGUCCCGGCCCAGUGAAAGUUGAAUCGCCUCAACAAGAUCACCUGUUGGAAGCGAAAAACGAUCAGAGUACAUAUGACACAUCAUGCGAAAAAGUAAAAAUUCAAUUAGAUGAAACAAAGCAAGGAGCAAGGGAUGUUUCGAACAAUAUGCAGAGUCAAAAGCAACCGGAGGCUAUAACAGAUGAAUUAAUUUUAAAACUUCCACCGCUUGUUAGAAUUCCUCAACACGUGAUUGAGAUGAAUCGAUCUAAGAAAGCUGGACAGAUAACGAAAGGAGGAAAAAUGACAGUAUUUUCACGCGAUCAAGAAGUUAAUCGCUAUUUUCCUCGACGAAUUGCUCUAAUCAAUCCAAAUAAUUCAAACGAGAUCGUAAACUUUCCGUGUCCUUUAUGCAGGGAAUUAAUAAAUACAUCGAAAUCAGUUAUAAGCAAUCAUUUUCAGAGUAAACAUUUGCAAGAUUGUAAGCUAUCAGCAGUUGCCAUAAACUUACUACGAAUAUCACCAGAAUUUAUUAAUGGUGGUUACAAGGAAUUAUUAGAUAACAAAAAGCGCAAGUCCGAAAGUACUAUAUCGAGUUCAAAAAGAAGACGACGGUGGAAUCCAAAAAAAUAUACCGAUGGGAAAAACGUGAAUUUUACAGGACUUGGGUUAUGUGUAACACAACAAACAGCUGAAGAUAGCGAGGGUAAUUUCAGGUGUAAAAAAUGUGAUCAGCGAUGCUCGAAUAUGACAAAUUUGAGAGAGCAUAUCGCCUGCAAUCAUAGAAUCAAAGGCCGAUACUUAGUAUGUCUGGAAUGUGGAGACAAUUUUGUGGUAGUACCUAGUUUACAAAUGCAUCUGAAAGCAUUUCACGGGAUAGAGGAUCCCAUAACUUAUAUGGCACAAAAUACUUCCUACGCUCCUGAUAAUGUAGAUGAUCUCCAGGCUGAAGGAAAGUCUAUCGAAGCAAAUCAAUGUCAUGUUUGCAUGGCGGUUUUCGAAGAUAAGGCAGCGGUAGAUAAACAUCUUCGAGUCCAUGGCAUGGCGUUCUUAAAUCGUAAAAGGAUAGAAGCACAAAAUGCUUUGAAAAGUCCAGAGAAAAAGUGUGAUAUGGAGGAAGAAAAAUGUACACCAAUCAAAGCAAGUCUAAAAGAACUUGUUCGAAAGGAUAAACCAGCAGAAACUAUACUGGAAAAAAUCACUGCAACUAUAUAGCUAAUGGAGGCACGACUUUUCGAAACAAAAUCGAUCGGAAAAUAGUACAUAUGUAGUAAUUUCUAGGUCUAAAUAUGAUCCUGAAUCUGUGAUUUUAACAUCUUAUUUAAUCAAUGGAAAAACGUUUCUUCGUUUUCUAAACGAGAAAAAUUAAAAAAAAACUUGUUAAUUAUUUUAUAGUAUCGAAAAAACAUUAUUCAAUGCUUUACUUUGAAUAUCGGAACAGAUUUUGAUUAAUAUUAAGAUCAAUCACACUUAUUAACACAUUGGAAUUUAUUAUAAACUUCUUAAUUUAUGUUUUUCUAUGUUCUAUUUCAUGUUUUUUUAUGGAAUAUGUACGUUCAAGAUCUUUUAAUUAUAAAUUGCAUAGCUCUGUUAGAUGAUAAUAGUUGUGUAUACUCCAUACACAUAAAUCCACAUACUGUAAAGCGAACGCAAUGUAUUAAGUUUCUUAAAUGUCUUGGAAUGCAAUACCGUUGUAAAUAUAUGCAAAUAUUUAUAGACAAAUAUUGCUUGUAUAAUUUAUUUUAUCAGAAUUUUCUUCUUGAUGUGUAUUCAAAUUGAGUUAUUCUUUCUAUUAUAUGUAUUGUUAAAACUUGUUCUCUUGAUCUUAUACGGAUCAGCCUAACUUCUAUCGUACAUAAUUAUAUCCAUCGUACAUUACAUCAUUCGUAUGUAUGAAAUCUGCAGUUGCAAUUACGACAUAAUGUAUAUAAUUGCUCUGUUAAAAAAAAAAUAUAUAAUUUUUUCUACUCUACUAAUUCAUGUGCAUCGUUAUAUACAAAAAUAGAUAAAUAAUAAAAUAUUCUGAUUUACUUUCAAAGGAGAUCACUACUUAUUCUUAAUAGAAUGGAAAUAAUGUUAUUUGCAAUAAAUAGGUAGAAUAUA